UUCCUGCUUAGUCAAGGUGCAACAGGCGGACAGGUGUACGAGGAGCUCCCGAGAGACUUUUUAAGCCAAGAAACCGCCGCUUUGACCUUAUUACACUUCUAGAAAGCAGAGGGACACAUACAUAGAUAAUAACCAAGGAACUACCUCGCUCAACGAAGCAGACUUAUUUGAAAAAUCCGAAUUUUUUAGGGAGAGGCGGAUUUUUUUUUUACUAUCAGCAGGUGGACGCCAUCAUUUUUUAAAGAUUUUUUUAAACAACUUUCUUGACUGAGUUAAGUUAUUUCACCGUAGCUGAAAGAAAUUAAAAUGGCCAACUCGGGUCUUCAGAUUUUGGGAUUCGCCUUGUCCCUUUUGGGUCUCAUUGGAUUGAUAAUUGGCACCAUUUUGCCCCAAUGGAAGAUGUCCGCCUUCGUGGGCUCCAACAUCAUCACGGCGGUGUCCAUGUACGAGGGACUGUGGAUGUCGUGCGCGUUCCAGAGCACGGGCCAGAUCCAGUGCAAAGUGUACGACUCCAUCCUGCAGCUCAACAGUGCGCUGCAGGCGACCCGCGCCCUCAUGAUCGUGAGCAUCAUCGUAGCCGUGGCUGGGCUGGGCGUAUCUUGCAUGGGAAUGAAGUGCACCAACUGUGGAGGAGAUGACAAAACGAAAAAGUCCCGUAUUGCAAUGACCGGUGGCAUCAUCAUCCUGAUCGGAGCUUUGUGUGCCAUCAUUGCCUGCUCAUGGUAUGCUCAUGACAUCAUCAGAGCCUUCUAUGACCCCUUCACCCCCGUCAAUACCAGGUAUGAGUUCGGUUCUGCUAUUUUCAUUGCCUGGGCUGGAUCAUUCCUGGCAAUUGUGGGAGGUGGUAUGCUGGCAGCAUCCUGUCCAAGAGGCAAAUCCUCCACACCCAAAUAUCCCAUCUCCAGACCUCCCAGCAGCAAAGAAUACGUUUGAAGAUGAGGGGGACACGGUUACAGUUUGAAGGAACAUUUUAGAUUCACAUUAGUUCAACUCGGAUUAGAUCACUGAGAACAUGUCUCAGAGGAGCCUCAGUUUUUACGUACGGCUUCUUUUUUUUAAUUUUAUUUGUACAUGGCUGACUAUGCUGUCAUAUUUUAACUCAUUAAAGUUUUAAUAAUGACUGUUCUAAGAAAAUGCUGUUUUUGUAUGCUCUGUAGCAAAUACUGUGCAGUGUACGUCACAUGUAGUGGGAUGCUGUAAAGUUGAAAUCAGGAAGCCCUGACAAUGUUUCAACAGCUCUCUGAGCUGUCGAUGGUACAGAACCUUAAAAUGUAGUGAGCUGUUUCUGGAUGCAUUGAAUGAAAGUUACCCUAAUGAGCAAUUCUGAAGAUGAAAGAAUAAUAGUUUUUAUCUUGUGCUUGACAAACUAUUUAAUACCCUAUUUUUUUGCUCUUGAACCCCUUAGAAUAGGAAAAUUAAAUAGACUAAGAUCAGCCAUUGCCACUGUAAAUGUUUCCCGAUGAGUAAUUGUAGCUAACCUUAAAAUGUGUUGGUGCCUUUUAACUCGGCUUGCCAAAUAUUCUGACAAAUGUUACUGUUCAAUGUUUUUAUAUACAUUCUGUUAUGGUUUCCUUAUGUGAGUGGGCUUGGCUUCCUUCCCAACACCACCUAUUGCUUUUAUU